AUGGAGCCGCCAAACAAGAAAAGGCCUCAAAGAAACGAUGGGCGAAUCAUCUUGCAAUUUGACUAUGAUUGUUUCUACGCCCAAGUCUAUGAAAACCAAAAGCCAGAACUCAAGAAGCUACCAUUGGGCGUCAAGCAAAAGAACUGCCUAGCAACAUGCAAUUACAACGCUCGUGCCCGUGGUCUCACGAAGCUCAUGCCUGUCUCCGAAGCGAAACAGAAGUGCCCAGAGCUCGUCCUUGUAGACGGCGAAGACCUUACACCUUUUCGUGACAUGAGCAAAACUCUUUUCAACUUUUUCAAAACUUUUUCAUGGAACCACAAGGCCGAGCGCCUGGGCUUUGAUGAGGUGUUUAUGGAUGUCACCGAUAUUAUCGAAUACAACCUCUCCUGCCUUAACAGAGCAACUCUGGAAAACUCUUUUUUCUACAUCUCUAAAAACGACCCUGAACGGGGCUUCUAUUGCGAUCUGACGAGCCUAGCGGGCUGUGUUGAAGGCACAGCCUCGACGACCCUUGACCUUAGCAACCCAGCCUAUCUGCGCCUCAUACUAGGAUCGCAUUUUGCCCAGUUUCUACGCCUUCAAGCGGAAGAGAAACAUGGGUUUACAUCCACUUGUGGAAUCUCGACUAACAAAAUGCUUAGCAAGCUUGUGGGUAGCAAGAAUAAGCCUCGGAAUCAAACGACACUAUUGGCAAUUACCGAAGACAAGGUAAUUGACUUCGUAGACAACCACAAACUGCGCAGGAUACCUGGUUUGGGAUCCAAGACUGUGCAAGUAUUGGGAACUCAUAUUGGCGCUGACAUGAGUAAAGGCGUAUCCGAGGUCCCCGAGUUGAGUGACAAUCCUGUGACAGUAGGCAAUGUGCGCCUUCAUCCUAGCAUCUCGCCUGGAACAAUAGAGAGUCUAUUAACAGGACCUGGGGCGGAGAAGGGCAUAGGGUCACGGAUUUGGGGCUUGCUACAUGGAGUCGAUACUGCUGAGGUCAAAGAAGCCAGUGACAUGCCAAGUCAGAUUAGUAUCGAGGAUACUUACAAGGGCUUAGAUGUCAUGACACAGAUUGUAGAAGAGCUCCGCAAACUAUCGUGCUCACUCGUUCGAAGAAUGAGGAUAGAUCUUCUUGUACCCGAUGAUGGGGCAGACACUCCAGGAGCACAAAAAUGGAUGGCCCGACCAAAGACCUUGCGCUUAUCACUCAGAACAUGGGCAUAUUUGCACUCAACGCAAGGUCAGAACUAUGGUCGUGUUUCACGCUCAGGGCCCUUGCCAAACUACAUUUUUGACCUGAAAGAUGAUAUAGGCCACAUUGCGGAGCGACUUGUCUCUGAAGCCUUGCUACCGUUGUUGCGACGCCUGUCACCAGAAAAGGGGCAGCGGUGGAACUUGCAGAUGCUCAACAUUUGCGUGGCGAACAUGGUAGUCGGUGCAGCGGAUGACAAGACGGGAGCAGGCAGGGACAUAUCUGUCAUGUUCAAACGUCAAGACGAAACGCUGAGGCCCUUCCAAGUGAUGGAAGAGUUGGAUGUUGCGCAGAGCGAAGAAACAAUUCAAUCAGUGUCAGAAAGCGACGGCGAGGAUGGAGAAGACGAUGAUUGGGAGACGGGGGAUAAUACACCAUGUCCUCUUUGCGGACACUCAAUCCCAUUGUUUGCUGUGCUAGCGCACCAGAGAUAUCACGAAAUGGAAGAUGGUUAA